AUGAGUAGCCUGGUGGUUCUCGCUUUUGUGGUAGCUAGCGCAUAUGGAUGUGGCAUUCCCACUUUCCCCCCUGUGGUGAGCAGGGUGGUGGCAGGAGAGGACGCCAAGCCUCACAGCUGGCCCUGGCAGAUCUCGCUGCAGUCAGACAGCAGUGGGCGCUGGAGGCACAUCUGUGGAGGAACCCUCAUCUCCUCUGACUGGGUCCUCACUGCUGCACACUGCAUCAAUGACCGCUACAACUACAGAGUGGAGCUGGGUAAACACAGCCUGAAGACGAGCGAGGAGGGCUCGACAGCACGCAGGGCAGCCAAAAUCAUCACUCAUGACGACUACAACACCAUGCUCAGCCGUAAUGACAUCGCGCUGAUCAAGCUGUCUUCCCCCGUCACCUUCUCUGACACAAUCAUGACCGCCUGCAUCCCAGACGGGGGCGUCGUCCUGCCACAUGGCGCUCCCUGCUAUGUCACCGGCUGGGGUCGACUCUCCACCAGCGGCCCUGCAGCUGACAUUCUGCAGCAGGCUCUCCUGCCUGUGGUUGGUCACGAUAUCUGCUCACAGAACGACUGGUGGAGCGUCCUGGCAACCGACAAGAUGGUCUGUGCCGGAGGUGAUGGCAUCACAGCUGGCUGUAAUGGAGACUCUGGCGGACCCCUGAAUUGCCAGAACCCAGACGGCUCAUGGGACGUCCACGGCGUGGUGAGCUUUGGUUCUGGUCAGGGCUGCAACGUCCUCCAGAAGCCCACAGUCUUCACACAAGUCAGCUCCUACAUCAAGUGGAUGAACACAGUGAGGAACAUUUUUCAUUUUGUUAUGACCAUCUACUGA